AUGGGCUACUCAGGGAGUGAAGACGAACACGGCCCGUCAGUUUCAAUACCUAUUGCUGUCUGCAUGGGCUUAUCGCUUUACAACGUCGUUGAGCUGAAUGUGCUUAUCCUUACGACCUUCAAGACGAGAGGAAGUCUGUACUUUUGGAGUUUUGUCGCCGCCACGAAUGGAAUUGCGCCGCAUACUAUCGGGUUCCUGCUGAAAAAUCUGGUCCUUUCCGAGAAUUUUGUUCUGUAUAUCACGCUCAUCUCUAUCGGCUGGGUUUUUAUGGUUACUGGUCAAUCACUCGUUCUGUACUCACGACUGCAUCUUAUUUUCUGGAACCAUUUUUACUUGAAGCUUGUUCUAGCUAUGAUCAUCGUCAACGCUGUUGUAUUGCACCUCCCCAUCAUUAUUCUUAUGUAUGGCUCCAAUAGCAGUGAGGAUAACCCUUGGGUACACCCGUACAAGAUAUACGAGAAAAUCCAAGUCACUGUCUUCUUUCUGCAGGAACUCAUCAUCUCGGGCCUUUAUAUCAAAGCAUGUUCUUCAUUCUUCGGAACGGAGGGGCUUUUGCAUCGCAAAGGUGUACGGCGUAUGCGGAAGCAUUUACUUCUUGUCAACGUCAUCAUUAUUCUUCUGGACAUACCCAUUCUGGUCCUCGAGUCCGCCGACUUUUACGACUUUCAAACAGCAUACAAAGCUCUCGUCUAUAGCAUCAAGCUGAAGCUGGAAUUCAAUCUUCUGAACGGCCUUGUUGAAGUGGCGCAAGGGAGUGAUGCAAUUGGGUCGCGAAGUGGGAAUCAAAUCAUGACCAAUUUACGAUUAAGCGUGUUUGAAGAGGAUGGGAUGGGUGUUGUAGCUAGAGAUUGUGAGAAUGGUGGGGUUGGAGGAGGAACUGAUACGAAAAGGCGAAAAGCAACAGGCUCGAGCUCAGAUGAUCGAAUGUUGAUGGAGAUGGGAAUAUCUGUUACUUAUAUUGAGAGGAGGGAAGAUGAUGAGGAGCGCAUCGGACACCACAUAUCGACAUAG